UUCCGUCAGAUGUCGCUAGUGUUGCUCCCUAAAGUCAUGGCGGAUCUUCCUCAUUAGAUUUUACAGAUUUGCCAUAAUUCGUGGGUAGAUUUAUUAUUACCGGCGUCGAAAUAAUUAUAGCUAGUUUUGUUCACACAGUGGGAAGCGAGCGACACGUUAUUAUCGACUCAAUUGAAAGCCGGAAGCUAAAGAAUCGGAAAGAACGUCCCACUUGACGAUCGUCUCGAAUUUCGGCAUACUCAAGAUAAAUAGAAUCACUCGAUUUCGACGUCGCACCAUACUCUAAUUAAUUUACUACGCCUACUAUGACGCAAUAGUCGCCCGCCACACCGGACGCCAUCGGAUUUAACGGUCGAAAUACAGGGUAAAGAGGCGGGCAUGAACGAGGGCGCGCCAAUGAUGUAUCAUGGGAGCGGGGCCUUCGGAGGCCCGGGGCAGAUAUUCAUGAUGGGUGGACAGGAGCGGUCGGCUCGCCACUACCCGCUGGACGCGCUGCAGAGCUUGGGCGGGGGCUCGCCCGCCGGACAUGCCACUCCGCGCCGCUGGCAGCCCCGCCGCGACCGCCACCCUAGCGCCAAGGGUGCAGGAGACAACACAGCCUUUGGUUAUGACUCAGAUGACUCCAGCCUCUCAAGUAAUGCCUCUGGCUCCAACAAGUCGGGAGAAAAAGGUGAGGAGUCAUCCCGCAACACGGAGCGUACGUCGGGCGGGCACUACACGGGCGGGUACGGGCAGGUGCGCGAGUGGCGCGGCCGCCGCGGACGGGACGUGCGCCCGCAGCGACGCAUCGCGCCCGAGAGGUAUCUCAACGGCUCCUACCCGUUCCAAGUCAAGUUCACGCCGGACGACUUGCUAAAUGGUUCAAAAUGGGACACACUGUCUCAAGAAAUCUGGGAUAAGUUCAUAAAAUCACAGCAAACAGAGGAGACAUUCAGGAAGAAGAUGAACCUUUGGAGAUAUCUUUUCAUCACAAUAAAGACAAUAUUCCCGCGCUACGGCCUGUACGUGGUGGGCUCGACGAUGUCGGGCUUCGGCCUGGACUCGUCCGACAUGGACCUCUGCCUGUACGUGCGGCCCGUGGACGACCUCGACCCGCGCUCACACGCACUGCUGCAUCUCAACUACAUACUCAGCUACAUACGGAGCUUUGAUCCUAUGGUCCAUUUAGAUGCGGAGUUGAUCCAGGCGAAAGUCCCGAUACUGAAGUUCCGAGACUCCCGCAACGGUCUGCAGGUAGACCUCAACUGUAACAACGUCGUCGGCAUACGGAACACCAACUUACUGCACUGCUACUCUAGAUUGGACUGGCGCGUGCGCCCCCUGGUGGCGCUGACCAAGCUGUGGGCGCAGGCACACGACAUCAACGACGCCCGGCAUCGCACGCUGUCCUCCUACUCACUCACUCUCAUGGUCAUCCACUUCCUGCAGUGCGGCACGGUGCCGGCGAUCCUGCCGCGCGCCUGCGAGGCGGGGGGCGCGGCCGGGGGCGCGGGGGGCGCGGGGGCGCGGCGCGCGCACAACCGCAGCUCGCUGGCCGAGCUGUUCGUGCAGCUGCUGCAGUACUACGCGGACUUCCCGUUCGAGCGCAUGGCCGUGUCGGUGCGCGCGGGGGCGCGGGUGCCGGUGGCGGCGUGCCGCGCGGCGCGGGCGCACAAGAACGACCCGCACCAGUGGAAGCUGCUGUGCGUGGAGGAGCCGUUCGACCUGACCAACACGGCGCGCUCGGUGUACGACCCCGAGUCCUUCGACAAGAUCGUGUCGACGUUCCGCACGUCGGCGGCGCGCCUGGCGGCCGGCCUGCGCCUGGCGGACGCCUGGCCGCAGCGAUGAUGGCGGCCGCGGCGCCGCGACUGAUCCCGUGUAACUAUAGUUGAGUAUUUAUAUUGUACUAGAGACUACGAAUGUGCCACUAUGAAAAUUAUAUGUUUACAUUCCAUAGUGCCAUGUAUUUAUUAGUUAAUUUUGCUUCGUUUUGAGGUGCCAUUUUUAUUGAAGCGACUGUCCUAUUUCCUCCCGUCGGGGACGGAGUCGCCGCCCCGCCAGGUACGAGCCGCGGCCGGGAUGUAACGGUGGACUUGUACUGGCGACGUGCAUGCACUACUUUACCAAAGUGAGAGAACGUACAAAAGCCAGCAUGCAGCUUUUGUCGUUUUCAUUUGCCUAUGUAUAGAUCUCAAUUACUUGAAUGUUCCAUUUUGUUGUUAUGGUGUAAACCAGUAGUUUUAACAAUCGCAGUGUUAUUAUUUCUUUAGACAUUAUUUAUGUAAUAGAACACAUUGUAAACUCAGUGCUCAAUUCGGACCAAAGUUAAGUGAAAAUAUUAAUUAUUAUUACUUCACGUUUCACGAAUGCUUCAGUUGUUACAAUAAAAAUUAUACCUCAAAACUUUAAUGUUUGGAUAAACGACACGCAACCAACCCACUCGACCAUGCACUACACCCGUGGGGUAAUUGGAACCGACAAAUAUCUGCAACACUAGCUGCGCAACUAUACAGAGUGGGAUUACCUCGUACAGUCUGCAACUACGAGUCGCUGUGACCACUGCGGGAACAUCCAGUGGGACAUGCGUGGUUGGAGACUGUACCUGUGUGUGUAAGUGUGGGUGUGUGGGUGUGUGUGUGUGCGUGUCCCAAAUCGUCAGUACCGCGGUGUGGGCAGCGUGCCGUGGAGUCCCAAGACUGAGACAAGGCUCGGCGCGAGUAGAGUCGAGUUCGUUCACUAGUCGAAGUAGUCAGUUUCUGUGACCUGUGACCGUCGCAAUACAAAUAGUCACGCAGCCUCGACGAGGCGUCCUAUUCGUUUUUAAAAUGUUUAUUAUUGUUUAUUUGUAAGUUAUUUAAUACGUGUAAAUAGUAAGAAAUAAAAAAAUACAUAAAUAUUCAUUUUAGGGUCGUGUAUGGUUUUUAUGUAAAUAGUAUUUUUGUGAUGAGGAAAGGGUAAAUGACAAAAAAAUAUAUAUUAUAUAGAAUAAUAUAUUAUACGAUGCAUGCUUUGCGUGGAGGGAGCCAGGACCCGCUCGCGAGACGUUAUAUAUGUGGGAGAGCGUACGAUGGGACACGAGAAAUUCCCUGUGAUACUAUGUGAAAGAAAAUUAUAUUGUGUACGUGUACAGUGUUCGAUAUUGAAGUAAUCGUUUAAAGGUGCUACAAUUAGAUAUUACGCUCCGAACGCAACGGUUGCGGCUCAAUAACCAGACGUUAGAUACGCUCGAGGCGCGCCCGGCGCCGGCGGUGGCCGACCGGGCCGGGGCCCGUGUCUAGCGUACGGGAGAAUGCGUAAAACUUAAAUAAUGGUGCUAAAUCAUUGUGUUGCCUUAUAUUUGGCGCUGAGCUACGCUUAAUGUACAUUGUAACGUAACAGAUGCUAGACUACUAUAAGAUUAUUGAAGGCUUCCGUACAACGACAUUGUACAAGUUUUAUAGAAAUGUAUUUACACAAUGUUUCCUGUAAAUGUAAGCGAAUGGCAAACUACAGCAUCUUCCGACUUGAACUGAUAAAACUAGCGUCCCACAAAUACAUCCAAGUCUUGUCAACUUCAACCAAUACGCCUUCUAUAAUCUUUCCUCGCUAGAUAUUCCUAUUAAAUAAUUUACUUGUUACUGACAUGUUAAUUUAUCUAUUUUCUCAAAUUGAGAAAAACAUAAAUUAAUGUGUUAUGCUAUAAAAUGUAUUUAAAAAUAUUGAGCAUUUGUAUUUCAACAAGACCGCGUCAAAAUUCAGUUUACCAUAAGCUAUUGUCAUUUUUAGCGCGUAAAAUGAAUAGAAAUGAGUAAAAUAAUGUUUUGAUGCGUUCUUGUAGCACUAUGUUCUAUGUGAUUAGCAGAAUUCCUAUAAUUAAUGUGAGGAUACUAACAAUGCAUAUCUUUAAAGUAAUACAAAGAGUGUAUAAAAGAAUAUUACUUACCCAGAUUAGGAAUUCUGUACCUUAUGAACGUAUGACGUUGUAACCGCUCGUCAUAAUGAAAUGACAAUAUGAACUGUUCACUUUUUACUGGGCCAUAGUUUUACAGCUUUUUACGCAUGAACUCGAAUCGAAAUUUUGUUGUUUAUUAAAGUUCAUAGUUUUCUAAAUUUUUUGGAUAAUAAUUUAGUGUUAUACACGAGUCGUUAGCUGAUGAUAUAUUAUUCAGGUUAGGUCGGCAUCUACCGAUAUGUUUGCAUCGAUGCCUCGCAGUUGUUUCGUUAAGUUUACAAUAACUAGCCACUAGCGUUAUGUAGACUAGAAAUUGUUAAGUUUUGUUUUGUAAUGUUAGUUAUGAAGUUCACCAUCUGGACGUUGUCCCUCAUAGCCCGAAAGCACUGACACUACUUGAUGUAAUACGCCUGGCAUUUUAUAUCGCGUUAUCUAUAAGUUUUAUAAAGAUUUUACAUAAGAGGCACUUGGCCGCGCUGAAUAAUUAAAGUACAAUAAAUAAUUUUUAAAAACAAGUUAUGUGUAAGAAAACUGAUUAGAGUUAUAAAGAAAAGUGUCUCUCAAAACAGUUGAUUUUUUGAAAAGAUAUAAAAAAAUUCGACACUCGAUUGAAAGAACAAAAAAAAAACUAUAAAAUUAAACCCCCAAAAAAAUAAAACCAAAAAAUAACAAAAAAAAUUAAUAAAAAAACUAAAAAAUUAUAAAAAAAAAUAUAUAAAAAGUGUAAAAUUCUGAGAAAAAUUAUUUUGACAAUUCAAAUUUUAUCGCAUGUUUUGUUGGCUUUCCAUCUGCCUUCUUAUGGGCUGUUUUUUUAAACAGUUUGUUUAAAUCAAUGUUUAUGUAUAAUAAUUAUGUGUUUUAUUCAAAUAUAAAAAAAAAUACAAAAAAAAAAUCAUGUCUGGGUUUGGUUUGCAAAGCUAACUGAAAGCAAUAUUUUACCAACCCGUAAAAUAUACCGUUAUUGUGGACAGUGGGCGUGGCCACAACACUGCGUUGCGUCCAAGCUACCAAUGUUGUGGCCACCCCUGUUGAUCUAAUAUAAACUAUUUGAAACAAGAGCUAACAUCUUCUACGCCAAGUUUCCUUUAACGCCAGGCUACUCUUGUGUAAAUUAUGUAAAGAAAUAAAGGAAAUACAAAUAUUACCUGUAACUUCGGUCCUGUGACCGGAGUUCCUUCAUUAAAGACUUGAAACCAAGUGACAUCCCAAUGUCGCCUAUCUCAGUAAAACUAGCUCCUAGACAAUACUGCAACUAAUAUGUCCAAGACGCACAUUUAUGUAUUUAUAAUUAAAUAGGUUGCUAUGUCCUGCUCUUAGAGUACUAUUAAAAUAAAUAAUAUUAAAAAUCAGUAAAAAAAUAUCCUUUAAUUGGAAAGGAGCUAGGUAGUUUACGUAUCAUAAUAAUAUUUACGGUACCGCGUUGGGUUCAAUAAUUUCGAAUGAUGAAUAGAAGUUGUUCCACGUUGUGAUUUAAAUCGUUUGUGCCGGCGUGGAUACUAUCAGGUCCAGACACGCCAUUAGGCAAUGUUAUACUUACGGGCUAUAUCUGGACUAUUGUAACCAACACUGCCAUGUGGACGUCCUAAAGUCUAACAGCCAGUCUCAAUUACUUAUCUGUCGGUAUUUCCGACUACAAGAGAUACAAUCUUAACACAUUUAGGAGCAUGAGCUCAAUGUAACUUGUGUAAACCAAAACCAACCGUAACUACUCUCAGAAGUCAAAGAGGAGUUAUUGAGGCUGGUCGUAAGAUUAAGUUUCGUGUACGUACAAAUAAAUCGUUCAGAUAUACCUACAUAAUAUAUUUUGAUCUCUCCUUGGCAGUAUUUUAAGACCACAUUUUCGCUUUGCCUUUCAAUAUAAAAUCUGUUAUUUAGUUGCGUACUUAAUUUUUUUCAUAUGGUUAUUAAUAAUAGUGGUUCAAAGGAAUAAAAUGCAAAUUGUUCGUCCUGAAUAAACAAUAACUUUUUCAUAUGAGUCUAACUUUAUUGUUGGUAUAAUUAUAAAGAAAUAAAUAUGCAUCGACAUCGUAAUGUAUUUAUUGUAUACUAUUGUAAUUAUCUGUAUAGUGUGACCAUGUAAUAUAUUUUUGCCUCCAAACGGCCUCUUUUUUGUAAAGAUAUAUAUUUUGUCACGUUUUUGACAAGUUUAAUCUUGUGUUGCAUUUUAUUUUAUUGAACACAAGCAGAUUUUUAUCUCCAUAUUGUACAAAGAAAUUAUUGUAAAGAAAUAUUCUGUAAUAGUUAAAUAUAUACAACUGCCAAAUAA